GUUGGUCAUAUGAUAUCUCACAUUCUUCAACUACACAUCCAGCCACUGGAAUGAUGUGUGACUUGCAUUGAAAUACUCUGGGCCUAUAGAAUGUGUUGGUAUAAGAAACAAAGUUACUAUUCCAUGUUUGUUUUACCAUCACAGAACUUUAAAGAGGGACUUGGGGCCACUCAGGAGGUUGCUCUUCAAAUCUUUUCUGGUUUGAAGAACAACAUGGAUGCUACCUCAGUUGCUGAUGUGAGUGCAUCCAUCAAUGUUCUGGAUAUCAUGUCGCAAGCAUCAGCAAACAUCAACCUGGAUAACUCCAUUUUAGAUGUGAGCCAUACCCCAAUUAAGAAUUAUACAGUUGUGUACAAUAUAUCUCAUACAGAAACAUAAAUGUAUAUAUAUUUUUUCAGGUAUUUCUUGGUGCAGCAAGCAACAUGUUGAAUAACUCUUGGAAGACAGUCAACAAAACCCUUGAAUACGACAUGUCCUCAAAAUACCUCCAGUCUGUCGAAGGUCUAGUGAAUAACAUCAAAAUGAAUACCAGUGACGGAAAUGACACCCCAAAUAUACAACUGAUACUCUGCAAUGGUCAAAACAACACAUCUUGCAAUGGAACUGUGUUUGGCGUAGAAGUCACAUUGGCCCUGUCCUCGGGAAUAGUGAAAACUGUGGGAGUAAAAAACCUAGCUGACAAAUUAAACAAUUCAAAUUUCCCAGACUAUAAGUUCCCUAGCAUUGUGGUGUCAGCCACACUGCAAAACAGCAAUGACUCCAAAACAAACAUCAAAUUGGACUUUCCCAUCACCAAGUCAAUGGCUCAAGACUAUAACAUCCUCUGUGUGUUCUGGAACACCACAUUGAUGGAAUGGUCUGAAGAAGGCUGCAAGUGGAAGAAAAUGGUCAACAAUAGAAGCUAUUGCGAGUGCACCCAUCUGACCUCCUUCUCAGUGCUGAUGUCAAAGACCCCGGUGACCCUGCUUUUUCUGGAUGAGAUCACCUACGUGGGCCUCGGCGUGUCCAUCUGCUCCCUCCUCAUCUUCCUCAUCAUCGAGGCGCUGGUGUGGUCGGCCGUCGUCAAGUCCAACCUCUCGCACUUCCGCCACACGGCCCUGGUCAACAUCUCUCUGUGCCUGUUACUGGCCGACUGCAGUAUGCUGGCUGUCUACUUCCCCAGCAUCCAAACUCCUACCUGGUGCCUCGUCCUGACCGUGACCAAGCAGUUCUUCUUCCUGGCUAUGUUCUGCUGGAUGCUAUGCCUCAGCAUCAUGCUACUACACCAGCUCAUCUUCAUCUUCCACCCGCUGAGGAAGAGGGUGUAUCUGCUCCUGUCCACCGUCCUCGGCUACAUCUGUCCCACAGUGAUCGUGUCGGUUACCUAUGUGUACUACAAAUACACAGGGAAACCCUACCACGACACAGAAACCUGCUGGCUCAUUUACGAGGGACUUCUGAAGGGGUCCAUUCACGCAUUUCUUCUGCCCGUCGGGACGAUUGUUUUUAUGAAUUUCUUCUCCAUGGGUGUUGUCAUCAUGACACUCCUAAAGUCCACUGUUUCUGAUGGGAGUAAAUCCGACGAGAAAGAGACAGCCAAAAGCAUCAUGAAAGGGGUGGUCUUGUUAACGCCAGUCUUUGGGAUAACAUGGGUUUUGGGAUUCUUUGUGCUGAGCAUUGAUAGCAGGGCACCAAUGGGUGUUGUGGUGAAUUAUGCUUUCUCCAUCAUAAACUCCUUUCAGGUACUUUUUCAUAUAUUUUCCAUUACAGAUAUUCCUGUCUGAAACUAUUGAGUGAAAGAAGCUGAAAUCAGUUUUUGCCAUUGUAUUCAUAGUGUAAUGUUUUUCAGGGCCUCUUCAUUUUGCUGACUGGAGGUUUUGCAGAGAAAAGGGUAUUUGUCAA